AUGGGUGUGGGUUUUGGGUAUGGUUUGAAAAUUAAUUAUAGCCGAACCCUAGGGUGGACCGAGAUGGCGCCGUCUGGUUCAAAUUUAAGACCCAAAGGGCCCAAUUCAAACUCCUUUUAUUUCUCAUACCAAUGGAUGGCAAACGUUGGAAGGGAUAGUGGCACAAUAAACGCGGAUACAUCUGCUUCUUCUUUUGGAGAAGAUGGUGACUUCUCAAUUGGUGAUGAUUCAUUGACCCCCUCCUUUCCAAAACUCCACCAUGCACUCAUUGACGUUGCUUUGGUUUCUGCAAAAUGCCAGAUUGAUCAGCAAUCAUUGCUAUUGCAAUUAAAGAAAAGUCUCACGUUUGUUCAAUCUCCAUCUGAAGAACUGGCGAAUUGGACUUCCAGCACGGAUUGCUGUGAUUGGGAUGGUAUAACUUGUGAUGAGGGUGGUCUUGGUCGUGUUGUCGGCCUGGAUUUGAGCAAUAAAUCAAUCAGUGGUGGACUUGACAAUUCAAGUGAGCUUUUCAAUCUGCAAUUUCUUCGGAGUCUAAAUUUAUCUUUCAACAACUUCAACACAACUCUGCCAGUCAGGUUUGCCAACCUCACAGAUUUGGUUUCACUGAAGUUGUCCAAUGCUGGCUUUGUAGGCCAAAUUCCAAUUGAGAUUUCGAAGCUGACAAGGUUGGUUAGUCUUGAUUUGUCUACCCUUUACUUCCCUGGAGUGAUUUCACUGAAACUCGAGAAACCUAACCUUGCAACAGUGGUUCAAAAUCUCACACAGCUAAGAGAGCUCCAUCUUGAUGGCGUAAAUAUAUCAGCACAUGGCAAAGACUGGUGCCAUGCCUUAUCCUCUUCAUUGCCAAAUCUAAAAGUGCUGAGCAUGUCCAACUGCUUUCUUUCAGGACCUAUUGAUGCUUCCCUGGCAAAGCUUCAGUCCCUUUCAAUAAUUCGUUUGAGCGGUAAUAAUUUGUCUGCUCCAGUUCCAGAAUUCUUUGCAAAUUACUCGAAAUUGAUUGCCUUGCAGCUUAGCUUUUGCGAUUUGAACGGAAUAUUUCCACAAACUAUAUUCCAGGUACCAACACUAGAGAUUCUUGACUUAUCAUUAAACAAAUUCCUUCAGGGUUCGCUUCCAGAGUUUCGUCAAAAUCUCUCUCUUCAGACGCUGAUGCUCAGUGACACAAGCUUUUCAGGGAGAUUACCACAGUCCAUUGGUAAUCUUGGGAAAUUAUCCAGAAUAGAGCUAGCGAAUCACAAUUUUGCUGGACCAAUUCCAAAUUCAAUAGCAAAUCUCACCCAGCUGUUUUACCUGGACUUGUCAUCAAAUAUGUUCACUGGUCCAAUCCCAUCAUUCCGCAUGUCCAAGAACCUUACCCAUGUAGACCUUUCUCACAAUCAACUAACAAGUGAGAUUCCAUCCAGUCACUGGGAAGGCCUUCUGAAUCUCGCCUUUGUUGAUUUAGCGUAUAAUAAAUUCAAUGGGAGCAUCCCUUGGUCACUGUUUGCAAUCCCAUCACUGCAGAUGAUGUUUCUUUCAAACAACCGAUUUGGGGGUCAGGUCCCUGAGUUUCCAAACGUGUCUUCCUCUCUUUUGGAUACCCUGGAUUUGAGUAGCAACAAAUUAGAAGGGCCUAUUCCCAGUUCUGUCUUUGGUCUUGCAAAACUCAAUGUCCUUAAACUUUCGUCCAAUAAGCUCAAUGGCACGAUGCAAUUACAUUGGAUUCAGAAACUUCCAGAUCUCACUGUACUUGACCUCUCAUACAACAACUUGACAGUGAAUGCAGCUGGCAGCAAUUCCACCGAGUCUUCCCUUGCCCAAAUCAAAAAACUAAGAUUGGCUUCUUGCAAUCUGAGAAUGUUUCCAGAUCUCAAUCACCAAUCAAACCUAUUCCAUUUAGACCUUUCAGACAACCAAAUUACUGGGCUGCUACCCGGUUGGAUUUCAGCACUUGAUUUUCUUCAAUAUCUAAAUCUUUCAUGCAAUCUCCUGGUUGGUAUAGAAAAACCUUUGUCUCUUCCUAGUCUUAGUAUCUUAGACCUGCAUUCUAACCAGCUUCAAGGGAGCAUUCCAGUUCCUCCACGAUUUAUUACCUAUGUGGAUUACUCGAGCAAUAAUUUCACUUCCUCCAUUCCCCAUAACAUUGGUAAUUACCUCAACUUUACCUUCUUCUUUUCCCUUUCAAACAAUAAACUUACAGGUGAGAUACCGCAAUCAAUAUGCACUGCCAGUUGGCUACAAGUUCUUGACUUGUCUAACAACAGCUUGAGUGGCAUCAUGUGGGACUGUUUGAUUGAGAAGAUUGAGACUCUUGGUGUUCUAAAUUUAAGGCGGAAUAACUUCAGUGGCAAUAUCCCUGAUAAAUUUCCAAGCACCUGUGGAUUGAAGACUCUAGAUCUGAGUGGAAAUAGUUUACAAGGGCAGGUUCCAAAAUCUUUGGCCAAAUGCACCUCUUUAGAGGUUUUAGACCUUGGGAACAAUCAAAUCAAUGACACAUUCCCCUGUCUUCUUAAAUCCAUAUCGAGUUUUCUUGUCCUUGUUCUACGACACAACAAGUUCCAUGGGCAUAUUGGAUGUCCACAAAUCAAUGGCACUUGGCCAUAUAUUCAGAUUGUCGACAUAGCAUCCAACAAUUUUACGGGAAAUCUACCUCAAAUUAGCUUGAAAACCUGGGAAGGAAUGAUGAGAGAUGGACACGGAACCCCUGGUCACAUAAAAUUUGAGCCCCUACGGAUCACUGGUGGACUGUAUUAUCAGGAUUCAAUAACAGUCACCAUCAAGGGUCUUGAGCUAGAGCUGGUGAAGAUAUUAACUAUCUUUACGUCUGCUGACUUCUCAAACAACAACUUUGAUGGGCCAAUACCAGAUGCCAUAGGACAAUUCCAAGCACUUUAUCUUCUCAACUUGUCACACAAUGCACUUACUGGCCAAAUUCCAUCAUCUUUAGGCAAAUUGUCGCAGUUGGAGUCCUUGGACCUCUCAUUCAACCACCUAAAUGGAGCAAUUCCUCGGCAGCUUGCAAACCUAACCUUCCUUUCAUUCCUAAACCUCUCAGAGAAUCAGCUGGUUGGAAGGAUCCCAACAGGUCCACAAUUCCAGACGUUUUCACCAGAUUCCUUCAUAGAUAAUGAAGGAUUAUGUGGAUUCCCUUUGAAUGACAACUGCAGCCAUGAGUCUCCACUUAUAGUUCCCAUCCCUUCAAAUUCUGGUAUAAAAGAUGCGAGAAUCGUGGCAGGAGAGCUCAAAGAAAUAGAAGAAGGCAGUCACAGCGGUGAAGAAGAUAAAUGCGGUCAUGAAUUAUUAGUCGGAUGGAGUUUGCAGUUAUUGAAAAUAAAGGACCAGCCAUGGAAGGCUAUCAAGGACAUCAGGUGGCUGUCAGAUAAGUCCUUGUUUGUGAAAGAGAUUCAGGGUUACCUUGGCUCUCAUGGUGAUGGCGGUGGAGACUCUGCGACCUUUGAAGCCCUGCUCCGUGAAAGAGAGAGGAAACAAAAGAGAAGGGAAAUUGGGUGUGGGAUUGGGUACGGUUUGAAACAUAAUUAUAGCGGAACCCUAGUGAGGGCCGAGAUGGCACCUCAUGGUUCAAAUUUAAGACCCAAAAGGCCCAAUUCAAACUCAUAUUUCUUCUCAUACCGCCAUUCGUAUACGUAUAUGAUCAUUCCUUACAAGGCCUCUAUUAUUGCUUGUGCUAACAUUUUAGUUUAG